UAGCUCAUGAAGUGAGGAUUUUCCAAGAUUAUGUAAGAAGAAAAAGACCCAUUCCCCAAUCAAUGUGGAACAAUCUGUAACAUUCCUUGCUCACCUAAUGCUAAUCAUUUGGAGCUUGAUAUACCAAGUAUAAAGGAUGGGUUUUAAUCCGAUACCAUGUAAAAAAUAAGGGACCUUUGGCCUAAUUCUGCUAAAGAUAGCUCAUGAGCUGAAAAUUGUGGAGACCAACAAUUUAUUCUCUUAACACGUGGAACUAUCUAACAUAUGUCGAACCAAAUACUGAGUGCGCAGGCAUGUAUUGCCAAUUAUACAGAUCUGCCACUGUCUUGAUUCAGAGAUGUAUGAAACUGAGUGCAUAUUUCCUUUCCGCGCAGAGGAUUCCAGAAGACUUUGCGAGCAGAUAUUGCAAGAACAUGCUUAACCCUGUGUAUCUUGAGGUUCCCAGUGGAGAAGUAUGGGAGGUUGAAGUUGUUCAUUCUGAAGGCCAAAUUUGUCUAGGCAUUGGAUGGCAAGAUUUCAGUGACUUCUAUUCAAUAAGCUGCGGCCACUUUUUGAUGUUCGGAUACAAUGCUCGUUCCCAUUUUAAUGUCACUGUAUUUGAUUUGAGUGCGUCAGAAAUUGAAUAUCCAACAAAAGAGAUUGAGUCGGAUGAUUCCAUAGAUAUUUCGGAUGUGGUUGAGCACUCUGUUGAAAAUCUGAGCCAUGGUCCCUUAGGCCAGGAGAGAAAAAGAAAAAGACAAGAAAGGGAAUCAGAGGAUGAUAUUCCAGUUAACGUUCAAACUAAAGUAAUCGAGGAAGAAGAGUCUCAAGGAAAUGUAGUUUCACUAGAAAGAAGCGAAGGCUGUAGGGAGCAGGAGCAACAAUCCAACAUUAUUACCAGUAAGAGCGACACAGAGAGGGACGAAGAGAGAGCUGAAAACUACCAAAGAGCAAAAGCUUUUAAAUCUAAGAACCCAUUCAUUAUAUCUUUUAUGCAUCCAUCUUAUGUCACGAGACCACACAAUCUGUCCAUACCGUUGAAAUUUGCUCGGAAGUAUUUCAUGCAGAACCGUGGCAAGUUAGUGCUUCGUGUUCCAGGAAGUGGAUUUUGGACUGUCAAAUGCACUUUACGAACGGGAAAUGCUAAAAUUACUUGUGGAUGGAAGGCAUUCGUGCUGGACAAUAAGUUAAAAUCUGGUGAUGUUUGUGUCCUCGAAGUGAUUAAAGACACUAAGCUCUUAUUGAUAGAUGUCACCAUAUUUCGAGGGGUUUCUGAUAGUACAAACGAGUCUAUCAACCCUGAGCCUUCAGUUCCAUGUUCUCCAGCCUAUCAAAGAGCAAAAGCUUUUACAUCUGAAAAUCCAUUCUUCAUAUAUCCUAUGCAGCCAUCAUAUGUUUCUGGCCCUUCAUUGACCAUAUCACGGGUGAUUGCUAGUAAAUUUUUCCCCACUAGAUAUAGCGAUGUGGUGCUUCAAGUUCCAAACAAGAGAUCAUGGGCUUUGAAUUGCACUGUUGGAACAAAAAAUGGUAGGUUGAAUUCAGGUUGGAAGAAGUUUGUGCAGGACAAUAGCAUAAAAAUAGGUGAUGUUUGUGUCUUCGAACAGGUUAGUAGAACCAAACUUUUAUUCAAUGUCUACAUAUUUCCUGCAGUCGAAGGUGUGUGAGAUGGUCCCACUUGUUUAAGAUUCUGACUUCAGUGUAUACUUGAUCAAUUUGCCUUUUGUUUUUCUGCUUUUUGCAAAGGGGAGUAUUCCUCCCAACAUAAAUUAAAGCAAUAUCUUUCACCCGAAGCAUGUAAAACCUUAAGUUUCUUAUUUUGUAAUACGUAUUAACUUCUUGUAUAUUUCUUUUUCCU